CAGAUUAUAUAACAGCUCAGUGUCACCGGAGCCAUGUCUGUGGAGGACAAGGGGGUCUUCGCCGAUGAUGCAGCUCAGCGACUCUGGACUUUCCCCAGCAGCUUGCGUACUACCCCUCACUCCUCCUCUUCCUCCUCCUCCUCCUCCUCCCCAUCCUCCUCCUUCCUCUCUCUGCCAUAUCCACCCACCCAUCCACCCACCAGCCCACCCUCUCCCUGCCUUCCUAACACACACAUACACACAUACACUCAAUCACGAAUGCACAGGGAUUGCAGCAACAGCAGCAGCACAGCGAGAUGGAGAUCUCCGCUGUGUGUGUGAGUGCCUAUUCCCGCUGUCACUGCGCCGGCUGCCUCUCUCUCGGUCCUCCCGCAGCCUGUGCGAGCUGCUCCAGUGGCUGGACCGUACCCCGGCACCCACUGAAUACAUGGAUGAACACCGGCUCUACAGGGGAUCUGCGCUUUCUCGUCCUUUGCACCUCUGAUCUGUUUCUCAAGGAAAUAUGGUGAGCAAAGAAGACACCAAAUGCGUUGUUCUCUCAAAUUCAGAAGAUUCCGAUUCAGAGACAGGCCAUUCACACAGCCUUGACGCACAAUCUGGACCAGAAUCAGGCAAGCAGCAGGUGAAGAAGAGAAACAAGGCCUUACAAGUGCGUUUUAAGGAUAUCUGUGAAGCUCAGAAUGAGCGUCGGGCAAAACGCUCCAGAUCCAUUUCCUGCAAAGUGACGCACCGAAAGUACAUGACCAUGCCUGCCAGACGCUCUAUUCCAAACGUGACCAAGAGUACUGGUGUCCAGACCUCGCCGGACCUCACUAAGCGAUACAAGACUUUCCCUUUCGAGAGGAAAAAGGGACAUACAUUUAAACAUACUGCUUUGGUGGAAGAUUAUAAAGGACAAAACAAUGGGUUUUUGAGUGAUAUAAAGACAGCAGGAGAGGAUGGACAACCUAUCGGGGAGUCCUCUAAGUACAAGGGUAAGAUUGUGGGGCAGACAAAAGCACUGCUUCACCACACUGAUGACAGCAGUGAUACAGAGGAUUUGCUUUCCAGUGCCAACUGCGUGGACGGACCCUCCUGUCCAGACUCUUCACAUUUCUCGGAAGAGUGCCAUCCGAGCAGCCCUCCUUCCAAAAGCGAAACAGAGUACCAGGUUUGUGGGACAAGGACCAAACACAAAGGAUUACCCAAAGAAGACAUGGACGCUGGCACUUCCUCAAAGCGCCAGCUGGCUAAGUCAGAGUUUUCACAGGACAAGUCAAAGGGCGCUGGCCCUGGUGCCUGGAACUCUUUGACACAGGUGGAGUCUUUAGGAAGCCCGUCUGUGAGCUGUAAACGGAAAAAGGGUACGCAGCUAAGCGAACAGCAGUCGCAGACACUUCCCCAUAGUGCCAAAUGUUCUGUGCAGUCACAAGGGCAGUGUCGGACAAGGCAUGUGUCAGCCUCCUCUAAACUCCAGCAAACAGUUGGGGGGGAUGAGGGCUUUCCUCCCAGAGACACACGCGCCCCAGGCAUGGGGAGCAGCCAGCAGAUAAUGCCCUUAUCUGGAGACAAGGAUAUCAAAGCACAGCUGCAGGCCAUGGAGAGCCUCAUCAACUCGAGCCAGGAGACCAUCAAGGUCCUACUUGGAGUUAUUCAGGAGCUGGAGAAGGGUGAAGCGCAGAGAGAGGGGCUCACCUACCGAACAGGACAAGACACAGCAAAUUGUGACACUUGUCGAAACAGCGCAUGCAUCAUUUACAGUGUCGAGCUGGACUUCAAGCUGCAGGAGGACAAGCUCCAACCCCUGAUAAAGAGACUUUGCCCCCUGGACAGCCAACAAUGCCCCGCUCUGCCUUACUCCAAUGAAGUGUUCACGUCCACCCCGAAACGCAAGUCCAAGACAGAGUCCAAAAAGCAUGCUCGUUGGAAACUCUGGUUCCUUUGAACAAACACAAAGGCUUCAGAAAGGGCCUUUUUGUUGGGCACAUUAACACCCCCGUUAUUCUCCAAAUGGAUGAGGGAAUAUUCAGAGGGAGUAAUCAACAGACGAGGAUGGGUAACGACAGAAACCGAGUUCAUUUGGAGUUCCGAGUUGAGACUGCACAUUGAGUCAGCUGGGGGACAGCAGAGACAAAACAAAACAUUUUAAAUUCUGUCAAACCUUUUUCUGGCAUGUUCGCUGAAGAGGAUGGACACACACCUGCAAAAACUAGAGCAUAUUGCUUGGCAACAAGAGGAGGCGCCAUGUGGAGGGCCUUUUGUGAGUGAAGCUAUAAUCUUUGAAUGGACAUCAGCCCCAUCUCCGGCAAAGCACAAACUUUAGACUAUUGAGAGGAACAUGUGUAAAAAGACUGAAACACGGCUACAGUACAUGGCAGUGUGUCAGCGCUGUACCCCGUCUCUUUUCUCCUCUUCCUCCUCGUUAUCUGUUAACAUCCUGCUCAGUUUGUCUGUCCGACUGAACGUCUGCCUGCCUUUGUUAAUAACCCCAUCUCCUCCUUCGCCUCUCUUUGUAACUCCCUGUCCCUUUAUCUCUCUCUGUCUUCCUUUCUAUCUCUCCAUUUAGCUCACUGUGCAACCAACCAACUAGCCAGCCGACUUUGCCUCAGUCAUCCUGUCCUUUUUUCUGUAGGCUACACUGACACAUGUUCAGAAUCUAUAUUUUAGAAUACCUGCAUCUUUAUAGCAAAGUACUGUGAAAUGAAAUUUUAAAACAUAUAUGUUUGGGCCCCUCCUCUUGAAGCAGGUACAAUUGUUGAAAAUGAUUAAGUCUUCUGGGUUAGGUCAAAUUUUUUAACAACAUAUAUAUCUUGUUUUGACUACUUCCAAGGCAGAAUAUUUUAUAUGAUAACUUAAAGUGUUUUUUUCUUUUUUUCAAAAGAGUAAAAGCUAUUUUGACAUUUCUUCAUCUUUGAGUCCGUUAAGAGUUUGCCUUGCCUGUCAGAGCAGAGCUCUGACGUGAAGUCUUGAACCUAAUCUGCUUCUAUGUAAUUUGUUUCAUGCCCAGUUAGCUAACACUUGAAGUGUUGUUUUGUAAUAUUAAUUUAUCUUGCCAUUCAAGUUCAACCUUGUAAAAUGAAACAACAUCUUUUUUUUUUGUUGCAGAAAACAAUUACAGAACACCAAACAUCUGUUUACCAACCCACACAAACAACUGUGCACUGAACUUGCACGAGUAGAAGGGCUAUACACAGUGCUAAUGGAGUACAGUAGCAACCUUACAGCAGAGAAGACUUGUAGCCACCAGCUUUGGUUGAGUACAAAAAAAAAAAAACACUGAUGAUGUAGCAAUGAUACUGAACUUGCACGACGUUACAAAGCAGGAAUUAACUGAAGUCUUAAAGUCAUUUUAUAACAGCAGCUCUUAUGUAGAUUAUGGUACUGUUAAAUGUCUGAGAAACGUCGGGAAGACUCGUACUGGCCUCCCAUCAUUAGACGAAGCAGUUGAUUACAUUAUUCAGGUCACCGAUUUCCAUGCAAAGAUCUGUACACUGAGAAAGUGCAAUUUAGUGAUUAUGUGCAAUAUUGUGCAUUUUUCUACUGUUUCUACAUCACAAUUAAAACAUUUUCAACUGAA